UGAUGCUCCUGGUAAACACAACUUUGAGCUCCUGAAAAAAUUGGUCCUGCCUGAUGGAUCCAUCCUUCGUGCCCGUCUGCCCGGCCGUCCCACAUUGGACUGCCUCUUCACCGACCCCGCUCGUGACAACGUAACACUCCUGAAGAUCUGGAAUAUGAACAAGUUCACCGGUGUGCUCGGGAUCUACAACUGCCAAGGCGCGGCCUGGAGCUCUACCGAGAAGAAGAACACAUUCCACUCCACAAACUCGAUGACGCUGACCUCCAUCAUCCAGGGAAGCGACAUCCACCUUAUUUCCGAGGCUGCAGUAGAUGCAAACUGGAAUGGCGAUUCCGUUGUCUACCGUCAUACCACGGGCGAGCUUAUUCUACUACUGCAGAACGCAUCUCUGUCUCUUUCUCUCAAUGUUCUCGAGCAUGAAAUAUUCACUGUCUCUCCAAUCCGGGUUAUGGCGCCUGGAUUCAGGUUUGCUCCUCUUGGUUUGUUGGACAUGUUCAAUGCUGGUGGUGCAGUAGAUGGGCUAAAAUAUGAAGUUUUGGGUGGUGGUGCUAAGUCGUUGGAGUUGGAGGUGGAUUCCAGGCUUAUGGAUCAGCUAAAUGAUGCUUUUAUUCAGAAAGAAAGUAGGAACUAUGUUAUAGGGAGAGUUUGGAUGGAAGUGAAGGGCUGUGGAAAACUGGGAGCUUACUCUUCAGUCGAGCCUAAGAAAUGCUCACUAGGCGGCGAACUCGUCGACUUCGCCUACGAUGCUACGACUGGUCUCAUAACAUUGGAUUUAGAGAGCAUGCCUGUAGGAGAUAAGAAUUUUCAUUCUGUGGUGGUCGAGUUAUAGAUCACUAAAGAUGUUUCUACGAAAAAAAGCUUCUCUUUUGAAGGUCAUCGCCGUGACUCUUGAGUUUAAUUUUCGCCCGCACUUUUGGCUAUGCUAAAAGAAAAAUAUGGAGAUGCCAUGGGUGAAUAGAUUUUUGGAGUUUUGUGCGCUUAAGUGAGGUUGUUAUGGUAUGCCAUUGAUGCUGAAAAUGCAGGAGGUGUCGGAAUGCCGAAGAAUAUUAGCAUUGAUUGGUUGAUUCAAUGAUUUGGGGUUGCUUAUUUACAUAUUUUGAUAUUUCAAUUUUCUCCCUUCUAUUUGGCAGAUUUAGUUGAAGUUUGAUGGAAGAUUGGUAAAGUGGAAGAAUAGGGCAUCAAUUUGGAUUGAAGUUUUACAUCUGUUCAAUUGUUACAAUAUGUAGGCGGAGGGUUACAAAGAGGCUCAUUUUCAUCACAAUGUUUAAAUUAUAGAUGAUGUAUGAAGAAUGUGUGGUUACAAGCUUUUUACUAUACAAGAGCUUUUUACUAUAAAAGAUCUCCUCUCUCUCAAUAUGGUGAUAGAGCUACUGGGUGGAUGGUGGACAACAAUGAACAUAAGAUUCGAUCGAUAAUGUUGUUAUUAUUGAUGUUGGAGAACGAGCACCCUUACUGGACGAGUAAUGGUGAAAUUUAGCAUCGUUCGAUGGUCGGAGAUGUUGAUUGUUGGUUGUCCUUGAAAUUUAGGCAUUAGAAGGUGGUUGAUGUUGUUGUGUCUAAUAGCAUGGAAGAUUGCAUGCAUGAUUGGUGUUGAUGUUUAUUGUGAUUGACAUUGAGCAUUAAUAUUAUUUUGUAAUUGUCAUAGGGCGACGACAAAUAAAGCCCUUUAAUUGUCUAAGAAUUCUUAGGUUGAUUACAUAUAUAGUGGACAUUUUUCACGUAUUCAUAUA